CUUUCAUUAGGCAUAGAGAUUCAUUUUCAGUCAAACAUGGUCUUCAUGUAAACUGUGUACAAAAAUGAACUGGAAAAUGUCUGGCAAGUAGGCAUAUGGAAGAAAUAGAAUCAAGCCAAAAGCAAAACACCCCAACCCUGGAGGAUAGUGAGGAUGGGUUUUCCAAAGUUCAUAGAAGUUCCUCCUUUGGUGGAAUCAUGUCUGGUCAAAGAAGACUGUCUAAAGAAUCCUUAGUAUCCUGUUCUGAGACAGAUGCAUCAAGGCGUGCAACAUGGUCUCACGGAGUUCUUGGGCAAGGCUACCAGACUGGAGGAAAAUCAAAGCCAUUCCUGACACUAUCUUCACGAAGCUCUUCAGGGAAAGUCUUGUGCAUGCCACAUCCAAUGCGAACCACAUUGGUUGCCCAAGCUCUUAUUCAGGCUCUUAACAAGUGUGUUAGGGUUCUGGAACAUGAGGCAUCCCAGCUUCGGCAGAAUCUUGACAGUGCUUCAGUCCAUUCUCAUCAGCAAUUGAAAACCUGUGAGAGACACCUCAAGCACUUAGAGUAUCAAGUGAGCCAUCUGGAGGACCUACAGGACCAGUAUCACCUACAUCAGAAGCUAAGAGAUGGCACCAUGACAAUGGCACAGGCAUUUGUUGUAUCUGAAGGGAAGCGGAAGGGAGCUGCUCUUCAUAAUGUGCGGUCAGGCUAUAUGGAAUGCUUGGACACCAUGUGCUCAAUAGAACAUCAAAUUGAAGAGAUGAUGGGCAGCUUCUUGUUUCAGAUCAAAGGCAUCCAGGGCUUUGCUCGUCUAUGUUCAGGAGAUGUGUUUGAGGUCCAGGUGAGGCAUGGAAACCAAAAGUGGAAAGCCCGAGGAAGGAUUGGGAGGGAUGGCAGCCAAAGUUGGGAUAGACCAAAGGCUUGCUUCCAUGGAUGUCUUGCAGACAAUCUUAUAAUUGCUGCCAAGGAAGUGCGACGCUUGGGGAAACAGGUUCUUCUUGGGAGCCAGAAGUGUGACAUCCUCUCCCUCUUUUCCCCUGGUCCACUUGCACUUUCUGUGAAUCUUAAUACAAGUGGUUCGCUCAAGCUUAGUCUCUUGGUGCUAUGGAGGCCUCUUGACAAUGUGGGAGAAGAUCUCUUGGCUUCACGGUCCACAGUCUUUGCCUCUUCACCUGCCUUCCCUACCACCUCUUUGGGGAGAAUCAUAGACUCUAGUCAACCUCCUGAUCACACCCCAUCAUCUCCUCGCAAUACUAUAUCUUCAUCCAUGGGUGACAGUCGCCUCACACUGGACCGGAGCAGUCAGGGUUCUUCAAGUGCUGCUUCAAACCGCAGUUCUUUGAUUGGGUGUGAUAGCCCAGUCCCAAGUGAUGGCGGGAAUGAGGCAUAUCUUCACAGUCAUCGCACGAGCUGUACCAGUCCCACCCUCAGUGACAUUGCUGAUGCUGAUAAUUAUGACUCACGUGAAUCUGCUUCUGGGGAUGAGCCCUGCAGUGUGCAAUCUCAGACCAGCAGUGCUGAAGAAGAGUGUGUGUUGGACUAUCGAGACAACUUCUACUUGGCCAAGAAGCCAGAACUGAGCUAUGAAGAGGAGAAAUCUCUCCUGGCAAAGGGUCGAGAUGCCAGGCAAACAAGUGAAUGUGAUCAUGAGAAACCGCACUUGGCCACGAUGGUUGAGUCUGAGUUUCGUUAUCUUGGCCUGCCUAUGGAUCAUUCUCUGAGCUCAACAUCUAAUGGCACAAGCAUCCGGAAUGGUAGAGUAUCUGAUUUAGUGAAACGUGUCAGCAGCAUCUUGGAGGAUGUCCAAGGUCAAUAUCCUGAACUAGGUCAUCUGGAGCAGCAAAUUGUUGAGCUGGAAGAAAUGAUCAAGAGUGUAUGUGGGAGUUCAACAAUGGAAGGAGAAGAGAAUGGGAGCAUUUCCAUUGAAAGUGCCCUAGAAUGCUUUGACUUCCUUGAUGCUGAAUGUGAUACUGAAUCUGAAGAUGAGGAAUCUCGGCAGGAAGGAGAUGUUCACCUGACAUCCAAAACAAAUGAUUCAGGGAUUGCUUCUCUGACUCGGCAACUAAGCAUGGAGCAGAAUCUUGAUGAGUGCUCUGGGGAUGUGAGCUGUGCCAAGCCUUCAGACACCUUCACGGGUUCUUUCUCUCUUGACCGCGUACUCUCCAUUCAUCUCCAAAAUUGCAUUUCACAUUUCCAGUGCUUGGGAUCAUUUGGACCCCUGAAGACCAAAGAGCGUGUUGCAUUGAACCGACUUACAAGAGAAGGAAGAAUCCUGGCUCGGAUUGUCCAGCAUAUUAAGAAUAAGAGUGCUCCUAAUGCGACUGGAUUUGGAGAACUUCAGUCAUUUCCAGAUCUUCAAGCUUUGUGGGAUCAAGUGAGUGAGAAAGGACAGGCUCUCCUUAUCACCUCACAGCAGUUGGUAGAUGGAUUAAGGGCAACUGCAUCAGUUGCACUUGCUGAGAGGGACCCUGAACUUCGAACUCGAGCUCUGGAGCUAUUUUCGGAACACAUAUUGGAGACAGAGGGAUAUGAUGCUGAGGCACCCAUCACAGUGUACCAAUUCCGAAACCACUUGAGGGCUCAGGAGCAGCCUUUCCCCCGGCUUCUGCAGGAUCUGUCAGAAGAAGCGCAUCUUCUGCAAUGCCUUCGAAGUGGAUCAUUGGAAGCCUUGGAAAAGAGCCUUAGUGCUAUGGCCAAAAUGGUUCCACCAGGCAAAGUCUUGGCUGCUCUCACUCAUCUCCUCACUCAGCCUAAGCCUUCUUUAGCACACACUGCUAAGUCCUAUUUCCACCACCUUCUGCCCUCCCCCUCCAUGAAGAAACAGGUGAUAUCCCAGUUGGUGAGAAACUUGGAAAGUCCAGAUGAGAGGGACCGCCAGGGUGCUUGUGUCGCACUGUCAUACCUGCGGGGGAAGGAGGCCAUCCAACCUCUUUCAUAUCUGGCCCAUUCUGAUCCUUCCCCAUCUGUCAGGCAUGCAUCCAAGGAAGCAUUGAUGGCAUUGGGUGAGGAAGGCAGGAAUUUGUAUUUCCAGGCCCAGCUCUCCUCACAUGGGUUUCAGGGCCUUGCCCUACCUUGAUGUAGUAGUUUAUAUGAUGUUCAAAGGUGCUGCUGUAUUCAUCCUGCCUUUCCCAGUUCCUUCUGUUUUUUUAAGAAAGUGAAACAAAUUUUAUCCUAGUCCUGCAAUGGUCUCUCUUUCCUAUUCUCAUUACAGCUUGGAGCAAAUUCAUGUUCUUUUUCAAUGAGAAGUAUCAUGGCAAACUCUUGGCAUUUAAUGGAUCAUAUCCACUCUUACAUUAAGCAUGAUUUGAUGAAGAUUGCCUCUACUAUGAAAGGGUUAAUUUGUAGUGUGUUCAAUGUUCUUGAGAAUGCUCCAAUAUCAUAUAUGUUGAUGGAGUCAACAUAAAAUGGGACUAACCUUUUAUGCUCUAAUAUAAGAAAACUUCUUCAGGAAAUGAAUUCACACUUUAAGAAAACUUUAGACACCCCAGUGAGAACAUUACUGUUUUGUUUUCCAUCUUGAGAAUCUAUGCAGUUUAUUUCCCUUUUCAUGACCAUAGAGCUUGGCAUUUUUUGGGGCCCUUUAGACCCAAGUGUAAUGACUUUUUUUGUUGUAAUUGCCUGCUUGAGAUGUGAAAACUUUCACUCAAUACUUGGUUUCUGUUUGUGAUGCUUAGGCCUCAAGAGACUUCUUUGUUGCCGAUAUGAGUGCAUUUUUUAACCUGAACUGAUGCUGGCAUUCUGCAUUCUUAGCAAUUGCAAUAGAAAGAUAUCAGUACUGCCUUUUUCAUUUACUACCCCUUCCUUGAUUUCUUUAUGUGCUCCAACUUUUAAAAAAUAUUUAAGAUCUUGUUUUCAUUACCAUAUUAUGUUCUCUCUCAGGUUGGCUCUGAUGGAAGCAAAGACCUACUGUUGUUUUCAGUAUACCUUACUUAAAUGGAUACUUAGCCUUCAUGAUGCUCUGUUUGCCUACUUUCAUGCCAUCAAUGACUGUGGUGUCGGUUGCAAGACAAGAUAUUCUGUAAAGCUAUUGAGAUAUAGAUACUAAUGAUAAGCUUCAUUUCUUUGUUACUCUAGGGUUUUGGAUUCUGAAUACCUCAGUACAACAUGCCAAGUGCAAUCAUUUGAAAACUGUGCAUGAAUUUCUUAAAUUAUCCUUUAUACAGAGGUAGUGAAGGUAUGUUACAUCAUCCAAAGAGUUUGAAUGUCUUGGGCUAUAAGAAUGAGGAUUUGGUGCCAAAGAAUGGAUUUUUGAAGUUAUGGCUGGAGAGAUAUUGUGGUCUGGAAUGCCCAAGAGGUGCAAAGUGAUGCAGGGUUAGCUGUAUUUAUUUAUUGAUCUGUUCCUUUAUGUUCAAAAUGACCUUGAAUGUAUGAUGAAUUGGUCCUGCUGCAAUUAUUGUUGGAAAAGUUGAGAGAGAUAGGACCAUUGAUAGCUCCAAACUUGGAGACAAGCCCAUGUUGAAGCCAUGCUUUGAAACUGAAAUGAAUGGAGUUUUUUUUGCCAAUA